GGGGACAUCUUGGGGGCUGCAGCGGCAUCAUCACUCCUGUCUGCUCAACUUUUACAGGACAGUCGGCUUGUAUGAGUGGAGCUGGAAAAGACGGGAAUGGACAAGCACAAAGUGCUGGACCAGCUUCUCAUGGAGCUCCACCACUUCCUGCUCAUCCUGGACAAAGAGAACCUGAGCGGUAACGCUACCAUCCACAAGGGUUUGCUCACCGACCUGCUGCAGUCUUACAGCGCGUCCAACGGUGCCGAUGAGGAGUACAUCUACAUGAAUAAAGUGGUCGUUGGCGGGAAGGAAAAGCAGGAAAAAGAUGACAGAACAGAUGACUUGGUCAAUGGAAAAGCGAGCAAACAUGCGCCUGUCCCACAGAAGAGCCUUCCAAAUCUGCCGCCCCCGAGAACGAGCGCCCUGACUCGGGAGCCUUUUCCACUUCCUGUCGUCCCAGCACAGAACAGCUUGGAAAUGUCAGAGAGUUACUACGAGGAGGCUCAGCCUUAUGAGGAAACCGUCAAUGAAGAUGGUGAGGCGGUCAGCAGCUCGUACGAGUCCUACGAUGAGGAGGAGGUAACGAGGGGGAAGUCGGCGCAGCACCAGUGGCCGUCCACCGAGGCGUCCAUUGAACUGAUGAAGGACGCUCGCAUUUGCGCCUUCCUGUGGAGGAAGAAGUGGCUGGGCCAGUGGGCCAAGCAGCUGUGUGUCAUCAGAGAGCAUCGUCUCCUGUGCUACAAGAGCUCCAAGGAGCAGACACCAUUGCUGGAUGUCAGCCUGCUGGGUUGCAGCGUCACCUACAAGGAGAAGCAGCUUAAGAGGAAGGAGCACAAACUGAAGAUCGUGCCCGUCGGCGGGGAAGCCAUCGUGCUGGGGCUGCAGAGCAAGGAGCAGACAGAGCAGUGGCUCAGGGUGAUCCAGGAGAUCAGCCCUAAGCCGACAGAGAACGGCGACAUCCAGCAUUGUGUCACCGACUCCCCAAGGCUCAUUUGCACUAAGAUGGAGGUGGGCGACAGACACUCGGUGGCUUCAGAAAGUGGCAGCAGCAACGAGGGUCAUGCUGAGACUAACGAGAAUAAAGAUGUGAAGAAAAAAUACAGUGCAGGUUUAAAAUUCAGCAACCUUAUGAAUAUCGGAAAGAAAAAAGCGUCCUCAUUGGAGAACGCUGAAAAAUGCGUUGAUACUUCGGGCUACCUCAACGUGCUUGUGAACAGUCAGUGGCGAACCUGCUGGUGUCUCAUCAAGAACGGCCAGUUGUGGUUCUACCAGGACAAGAAUAAGACCAAAGUGAGCCAGCCUGCUGUGACGCUGGAGGGCUGCCAGGUUUCGCCCGACCCUAGCCCGGAACACCUGUACUCCUUCCGGAUCGACAUGGAAGGCACACAACUUGCAACCCUGGAGGCAAAGACGUCAGCGGUCAUGGGCCACUGGCUGGGCCUGCUGCUAUCACAGAUGAGCAGCAAGACCGACCCUGAGGAGCUGACCUACGACUAUGUCAACGCCGAGAGGAUCACCAGCAUCGUCAACGCUGCUAAGACAUCCUUGUACUUGAUGCAGAGGCGAUACUCCGAGCCAAACGCCUACAUCGAUGCCCUGCCGUCCACCCCUGAGGACCAGGAGGAACUGUACGAUGACGUGGCAUCUCUCGCUGAUUUGGAGAUCAUCCAGGAUGCUGUGGAUGGCGGACCGCCACAAGAUAAAGAAACUGCAGGAAACUCGGAGGAAACGUCUGUUCAGGAUCAAAAAGACCCAGUGGCUGAAGAUGCAGACCCUGAAAACAGAAUCUAUCUAGACCUGGUCCCUGUGCGGUCUUUCUUGCACACUGUUGGCAGUGGCAAGGAUUUCCAAACACAAGGAUCCACAGACACCUCAGAGGAAAACAAGGACUCUUCAAGUCUCACUAAAGAGGUCAGAUCAACAAACCUGCCCGAGUCCGCGCCUGCUUUGAACAACCUUAGUUGCACUCCUGCAACCCCCAGAGAGGAGCAAGAGCGCCCUCUGACCCCCACUCAGUCUUGCCCCCAAACACCACCAAAUGCCAAGACCCCGCCUCAAAGCCAGGAGCCUGUCAAGAAGAUCUUCAGCUCCUCUGGGGUCCCUAAAGGCCUUGCUCUUCAGACCAGCACUGGGUUCACUCCAAGCGCUCAAACACCACGACCCAAAGUGUAUAGCUCAGCCUGUCCUGGCACCGUUGAGGGGAAGCUAGGAAAAAACCGCACGGAGGCCGACUUGCGGCGCUACCUUGACGAACGUGACCGUCUGGAGAGGGAGCGCGAGGAGGAGAGGAGCAGCCUCGCCAGCCUGAAAAAAGAAAGAAGGGAAAUCAAAGAGGAGCUCAGCACCUGCCAAGAUUCAAAGCAGCAGGCCUUACUGGAAGCUCGGCUGAAGCAGGUGGAGGAAGCGAGUCGAGAAGCAGAACACAGGCGUGUGGAGGUGGAGCUGCUGCUUGUGGAGGUAAAGGAGAACCUGAAGAAGGUGGAGGCCGGGCCGUUCACACUGGGGACCACACUGGACUGCAGCCUCCAGGACACGGCUAAAACAGUUAACAUGCCACCUGCACAAAUGUCAUUAUCGCCAGCAUCCUCACCAUCCCAACCGUCCGGCAGCCCCACCACCACCAGUGUGGACUCAGAAUCUCCUGUCAAUUCAGCCUCUGCACUAAAAAACAGGCCAGUUUCCAUCAUGGCCACUAAGGGCAAAGUGCUCCAGAAAGCCAAAGAGUGGGAAAGGAAGUCCACCACCUAAAAAGAAGAGAGCUGAAAGAGUCAAGUUUUUAUUGUCCUCAACUGUGGUAUAGUUUGUUACGGUACUGUUCUGGCUUGUGUUUCCACGAUAAAGCAAAAGGACAACAACGCGAGGAAACAGCAUCUUGUGUGGCUGAAGUGAAUCUCCACCUCUUCCGAUACCCUUACCAAUGCACUGGGUACUAAAAAGUGGUUCGUACCCCUUUGGAUCCUGUGGUGUUUGAACUUAACUGUACUCCAUAGUGGAAACAGUGCUUCCGAUCAUUAAAAAUCACCCUCUUACAGCUUCGCAUCCUCUCCGAACCACUGGAAAAGAGCCCUAAAAAGGAAGGCGUUUAACUGCAGUAGCAUUCCGGCCAGUUUAUUCUCCUUCUUUGAACACUGAAAAUGCAUAUCAAGUAUGAAACCACUGAUUGGCUAUAAGUCAUCCUGCGGAUUGAAGCUUGGUUCGACAUUAUGCUGGUAGCCAAGGUGUACAUAGAUUUACGCCAAUUAUUCAGCCUUUUUGGGGAAAUUUGCUAGCUAAAAAUGCACUUUUUAUUCAAAUAAAUAUGUACUGAUAUCAAAAA